CUGAUGACGGAGGAGGCGGCCAGGACAGCCCUGCUCCAGUUCGUUAACUCCAAAUGCUGCUACGGGAAUAGAGCUGCGGGAGAGCUGGUCAUCCAAGAGCUGAGGCAGCUGGCCAUAUAUCGGCCGCCCGCCAUGUUCCGGGAGGGCACCAGGAGGGUGCGGGUGCCCCACUCCUGCCGGGUCAAGGACUGCCACAGGUGCCACGGGCACGGCCGAUCCAAAUGCAGCGUGUGCCACGGCGCGGGCCGGACGCGGUGCGUAACGUGCAAGGGAUCUCGGCGGAGGCUAAAGCAGCAAAAGAGAUGCCAGCUUUGUUCAGGUACAGGUCGCAAAAGGUGUAGUACCUGUUCUGGCCAGGGCAGCAAGACCUGUACGAUGUGUCAGGGAGAGAAAAAGCUCCAACAUUUCAAACAGCUGGUGAUAACCUGGAAGAACAAUGUCUUUGAAUUUGUUUCUGAGCAUCAGCUGGACUUUCCAGGAGAGCUGCUCAGUAAAGUCAACGGGGAGACCGUGUUCAGGGAUGAAAACGUUCAGGUGUACCCCAUCAUUGACUUUCCUGAGCCGGCGAUCUCCCUGGCCUCGCAGCGAGCCAUCGCCGAGCACAACGCCACGUCUGCCGCGUCCUCCCGCAUUCUGCAGCAGGGUGGCUAUAGCCUGGCAGAUUUUGCCGGCUUCAUUGAGCUUUGCUUGAAACCACGACUUUGUGCGUAA